AUGAUCAUCAUCUUUUACUUUGGAGUUCAACUUGUCACUUUGUUAACGCCACCAUGCCGUACAGUCAUAGCGCCACGAGCACAACACAAAACCACCGCCGCAACAUUGACUACGACCAUAAUUAUUACAACUACGCCAGCAAUUACGAAUACUACGACUACGACAUGUACUACCCCACACAAAAUCCAAGUACACGCCACUGUCAACUACAACGGUGGCAACCGAGGCGACUGGCACAAGCAACCCGUGUCUUAUGGCGCGUGGUGCCAUGAAACACCAAAGCAAGUAUUGGUGUACUUGUUUCCAGAAGUUGCGGAGCAAGCCGUCCAGGAUUUUAUUACCGGACUCGUUAGUGAAGACUACGAGGCCGACGAUGUAGGCUUGUUCCUCGCAAGAGGCUUCCAAGUACUGGACCAAGGUGAAAAAAUGUUGGCAGACUUGAUCAACCAACAGAUCGUUUACGACGUUGCUGUCGAGUUGUCAACCAUAUGCGACGGGAUUCUUUUCUUAGAGAUGAGCAAGUACAAUUAUUCUGGAGAUGAGCGCCGUUUAGUCUGGAAGACAGAGUCUCUGAGUCAAUCAACGGGGACAACAACUAAAGAAAAGUCACUACCAACAAUAUCCGAAAACAUAGAUACUCCUAAACAAUAUCUUACAUGUCUCCGUGAAACAAGAAACGCCACUUGGUGUGGAUGUACUGGCUCAGCUUUACGCCUUUAUCAAGUGUCUCAGGGCGGGAAUUCAUCAAUCAAUUUUGCCAAACGGGAGAUACAACAAUCUAUGGAUCUCCUUCACCGUAUGGGAGACGCUACAAUCAUCGACUUUGCUGAUCCGAUAUCUUCGACCGCGUUGGAAGCUUUGCGUCAACAGCAAGGAAUUGCGAUUGGGAAAUCAACGAGAGCGAAUACGAGAGGGAGGAGAACAGUAAUGAAUAUGGAAGAUGCCAGCUGCGAGCCAUCAUUUGGCGGUCCUGCGGGAGCUGAGUUACCGCUUCCAGCCGGUGCACUAUCAGAAUUGGAUGGCAAGAAGAAGAUGUUGAUUAGAUUUCAUGCGGAACCCGAUUAG